UUGGAGCCCAGUCCACAGAACCAGUCGAUGGCAGAGACUCAUUCGGAACAGAUUUACGAUAUCCCCGUUGGAGCCACCACGGACAACCUCCCCCCUGGCGUGCUGUACCGCGUGAGAGCCACAUACAAGUACACGCGCGAAGACGUGGACGAGAUCAGCUUCGAAGUGGGUGACGUCAUCCAGGUGGUGGAGUACGACGAUCCUGAAGAGCAGGAGGAAGGGUGGCUAUGCGGCAUGAAGGAGACAACCCUGGAGAAAGGUCUGUUCCCUGCGAAUUUCACCCGACCUAUCUAAGCAAGACGA